UGCCAGUAUCCAAACCGGUGAGCCUGCCUUCCCAUGAUGAACUGAUCCAGCCUGACGAUCCUAUUAGGCCAGUUGACUCGAUGCCCGCUGUUGAUCCAGAUGAUCCGGUACCUGAUCCGGUGCCCGCUGUCGAGCCAAAUGACCUGAUGCCUGGUGACCCAGUGCCCGCUGUCAUACCUGGUGACCCGAUGCCCGCUGUCGAGCCAGACAAUCCGGUACCUGAUGACCCGGUGCUCACUGUCGUGCCUGUUGACUCGGAGCCCACUGCCUUGCCAGAUGACGCGGUGCCCGCUGUCGAGCCAAAUGACCUGAUGCCUGGUGACCCGAUGCCCGCUGUCCAGCCAGACGAUCCAAUGUCUGACCCAGUGCCAGCGGUCAUCCCAGUUGACUCGGAGCCCACGGUUGUGCCUGGUGACUCGGUGCCCGCCGCCGCCCCGCCUGGGGGCCUGAGACCUGUCGUUCCGCCUGGGGGUCCGGCGCCCGCCGCUCCGCCUGAGGGCCCGAGACCUGUCGCUCCGCCUGGGGCGUCCGGCGCCCGCCGCUCCGCCUGGGGGCACGAUGCCUGUCGCCCC